AUGGCUUUAUUCUCAUGGAUUGAAUCUUGGACAAUAUUCUUCUCUCUUACAUUAGCACCCUAUUUGAUCCUAUUGAUCUGGCCACUUCUAUUAACUCGUAUUGGAAGUUGGAAAACAAUUACAUCUAUCACUCAUCGUUUAUGUGGUAUUCUUUCACUUCUAUUACCUAUGGGAUUGAUAAUAUAUAAUUCAUGGACAAAUGAAUAUCCACCACGAUAUCUUUAUCUUACAGUUGUUUUAGUAGUUAUUUUAAAUUGUGUAUUUGGUGCUCUUCUUAUUCCUCAACGAAAUCCAAGUUUUGAUAUUCCAACGAUACGAGAAUUUGGUGUUGGUGUUACUCUCGGUUUAUCGUUUGUUGGAUGGUCAUUAGUAUAG